CUAAACUAUUUUGAACUGACACGGGGAGACAGGAGCGUAUCGGGGUCAUGUGACGUCAUGUGACACUGCGGUGAUACUGAGACUGCCCGCACGCUGUCCACAAGCAGACAGACAGCAAGCCGCAGUAGCGAUGAGAGGGAAAGGAGCAAGACAGCGGACUGUUUUUUCCCACUACACCUCUCUAAGGACACAAUGUAGAAGAGAUGAUAGCAGUGUCCAAUCAAACCACUGACGUUGGUCAAAAAGAGAAUGCCCACACAAAUUGUCUUCUGGAUGCCACCAAUCAGAAUGGGGACCUAGGGAUUUUGAUGACCCCUAAGCCAAAAAGGAUCCGGAAGCCAUCUGAAAACCUCUCCAGAAGAAGUUCUGCUAGGAGAAGUAGAGACAGCCAGAUAACCAAUGGGGAUGUACCAGAAGCUGUCACGCUUUUUGAGGUUGUUAGCAUUGGAAAGAGGGCAAUCCAGUCAGUGGUAGAUGACUGGAUUGAAGCCUAUCAAGAAGACAGAGAUGCAGCACUUCUUGACCUUAUUAACUUCUAUAUUCAAUGCUCAGGAUGCCAAGGUGUAGUUACAGCAGAACUGUUUCAGAAUCCACACAACCAGGAAAUAAUGAAGAAGCUGACGGAGGAAUUCGAUGAAGAAACUGGCUUGCAGUUCAAGAAAUUCAUGGCUUAUCCUUGGAUUCUUACAAUUACCUGGCCAGUUUAUAUGAAUGCUGAAGAUUAUCCUCUGAUCAAACCAGGAAUCCAGUGGAGAAAGUUUAAGGCGAACUUCUGUGAAUUCACAGCCGUGUUGGUGCAACAGUGCCAGUACAGCGUGAUCUAUGAUGGUUAUCUCCUGGACACCAUUAUCUCGCUGCUGCUAGGGUUGGCAGAUUCUCAUGUCAGGGCAUUCAGACACACAAGUACAUUGACAGCGGUGAAACUAUUGACUGCUCUGAUCAGGGUUGUCCUGAAUGUUGACAUCGGUAUAGACAACUCGCACAGGCUGUUGAAAUUGGAGAAGAAAAGGCUGGUGAUGAAAAGGACCAACUCCAGAUUUGAACAGCUGGACAAAAAAAGGAAAGAGCUUCAGCAAAAGCACCAAGAGAUAGAAAACAUGAUGGAUGCACUAUUUAAAGGGACCUUCAUUCAACGUUACAGGGAUGUGGUCCCUGAGAUCAGAGCAGCGUGCAUCGAAGAAUUGGGCGUAUGGAUGAAAAUGUACCCUCAAAAGUACUUGAAUGAUAGCUGCCUAAAGUAUGUUGGAUGGAUGCUUUAUGACAAGAUCCCCGAAGUACGCCUCAAAAGUGUGAUGGCUCUGCAGGUGCUUUAUGAGAAGAAAGAUCUUGUUUCCAAAAUGGAUCUCUUUACUAGCAGGUUUAAGGAUCGCAUUGUCUCGAUGACGUUAGACAGAGACCACGAUGUAUCCGUACAGGCCAUGAAGCUCCUUGUGUGCAUAUCACAGGACUGCGAAGACGUGUUUACGAGCGAGGACUGCGAGAUCCUGUACCAGUUUGUGUAUGCCGCGCACCGACCGCUGGCUGCCGCAGCCGGAGAGUUCCUCUAUAGGAGAUGUUUAAAUCAAGUGGCAAGACAAGAAAUCCCUUUGCAGAGGACGGAAGGCAUUGGGCACCGUUCUGGUCAGCUGAGGACCCUGCUGGCUUUUUUCAGUAAGAGUGAGCUGCACAAUCACCUGAUCUACCUUGUUGAUAGUCUGUGGGACUGUACACCCGGCUUCCUCAAAGACUGGCAAUGCAUGUCCACCAUACUGCUGCAGGAGGGCACUGGGGAGGACGAAGCCUUGAGUUCGACCCAAGAAAGCCUUCUUAUCGAGCUCAUAGUGACAAGUGCCCGGCAGGCGGUGGAGGGCCACCCGUCGGUGGGGAGAGGAGCUGCCAAGAGGGUCCUCUCUGCCAAGGAGAAAAGGCUACAACUUGAGGACAGUGUGAGGAUUACUGAGCACUUUUCUAGGACCCUGCCUCUGCUGCUGGCAAAAUUUUCAUCUGAUCCAGACAAGGUGACAAACCUUUUGCAUAUCCUUCAGUAUUUUGAUAUGGAGGUUUAUUCAGCAGAAUGCAUGGACAGGCAUUUGGAAGCCUUGCUGAAGCAGAUAAAAAUGGUUGUGGAGAGCCAUUCAGUUCCAGAGGUGUUAGAGGCCUGCUCCAAGGCAUAUCGAAGCCUGAGCAAAGAAAAUCUGGCGUGCCACAUCCGGGUUAGUCUAUCUAUGAGACAGCUGGUAGAACAACUUGUGGACAAUUUCAGUCAAAUGCUGGAUAAGAUUCUACAGGAGAGAGAAGAGUCUCUGGCUAUGGGAGACAUGCAGCCAAUGGUCAACACUUUGAGGAGACUUGCAGCAUUCCACAAUGCACAUAACCUUACUCAGUGGGAUCUAUGUCAAAAGAUGUCUUUGCUCCUUUCCUUUGACACCGAGCAGCACUCCUUGCCGGUUCAGAUCAUUGUUCCUGCUCUCCAAUGCAUGUAUUAUGCCCUCUUAUGGAAGCUGGUACCCAUCAUGGAAGAGUCACAUACCAAGGAAGUGAUUGUGUCGUUUAAGGCACAGGUAGCACGCUUUUAUCAGAUUUGUAGACACUACCUUAAUCAUCAAGACAGGUCUUUGAGGGAACAGGCAUUUAUGUCACUUUGUGACCUCCUCUUAUUGCUGAGACACAGAAGUGGAGAGGUAUCCAGCUGCACUGACUCUACUCUGCAAUCACAGCUGCUGGAGUUUAUUCAAGGACACGUAUUCAGUGUCGAAGAACCAAAAAAUAAAGGAGAAACACUGAAUGAUGAUGACGCUGUUCUGGCCAGCUUGCACAGGAGAAGAAGCCUUCUGGCGGUUUAUUGCAAGCUUAUAGCUUAUAAUGCAGUGGAAAUGGCAGCAGCCUCCGAGAUUUACAAGCAGUACAUGAAGACCUAUAAUGACUUUGGAGAUAUAAUUAAAGAAACUUUAAGCCGAACAAGACAGAACAACCGAAUAGAGAGUGCAAAAACACUGGUGCUUUGUUUGCAGCAGCUAUUUCAGGAGCACAAAGAAAAACAUGGCAAUGCCAUCCAGUCGUCCGCAUCAUUCACUAACAUAAAGGAGCUGGCUCGACGCUUUUCUCUAACCUUUGGCAUGGACCACGUGAAAUGCAGGGAAUCUAUAGCUAUGAUGCACAAACAAGGGAUCGAGUUUGCUUUUCGUGAACCCGCAGCAGAAGACACUCUGCCCCCACCAAACAUGCCAUUCCUGAUUGUCAUCAGCGAGUUCUCCAGCAAGCUUCUGAAAGCUGACAAGAGGCUGGUGUAUGGAUACCUGCAGAGAUUUGCUAAUGAGCAGAUGCUGCUUUGCCGAGGAGCAGAAUGGCACCCGCUGGUUGUGUAUAACAAUUCCCUGCUUGAUAACCAGGACGAGGAAAGCUCUAUUAACGGAAGCUCUUUUUCACGGGAUCUUGGGUUUUCCAGCACAUCCCAAUAUCUGAAGAGAAAGCUAUCAUGUGGAUCGGGUGUGGGAGAGUCGCACGCACUUGGUGCACCCUGUCCCGUCAAAAGCAGGAGGCAACUGGUGCUGGAAGAUCAAACAAUCCAAGAGAGUGGAUCAUUGGGCAGCCGUAAAUCUUCAAAGCAGAUACAGCAAAAUAUAGGCGAAGAUGAAGACAAUGUAGAUGUGGAUGUGGAUAUGGAGGAGAAAAAUCAGGAAACCGCUGGAACAACAAAGAGCGAAUAUCAAGAUAUUUCUUUGUAGAAACACUCCUCAGCACCUAGGACUCGGGAUUUCUGGUGGCCCAUACCUCAUCUGAACAAACUUAGACAAAUAUAGGACAUCUCUGAACUUAAAGAAGUGAUUAGCAAUACAUAACAUACAUUGUGAUUUGAAUUAAACAAUUUAUGUUGUAAAUAAUGUACAUUUAAUCAAAAGCUGUUUCCCGUUACUAUAUAGCCAUAUAAGGAACAUAAUUUUUGUAUUAGACUGACUGGAUUCUAUAGAUUUUAUAUGACAGUAACUAUGGAAAUUUUGUAUGUGUAUUGGACUAUUUUUAUACAGAAAUUCAAUGGCUGGUCAUCAUAUUAAACCUAAUAUAAAUGGAAACUGGAACUGUCUGUGGUUUUGCAAUACAUACAA